GGGCCCAGGCCAGCAGGGGGGCCCAGGCAACUAGGUGAAUUUGAUGUGGGCAGCACAGCAUGGAGGGCAAUUACUGGAACCAAUCCCCUGUAUGGCUCUCUCUGCAGCAGCUUAGCGCUGACUUCUUCUCCUCUCUCUCUCCUACUGGCUUUCAGCUGCUGUAGAGAGAACCAUACAGGGGAUCGGUUCCAGCAUUUCCCCCCUCUGCUGCACCCAUCUUCCUCCAUGUACACCAUAUGUUUCCCUCAGCUACCCAAGCCCCCCUUGCUGCUGGCUUCCCUCCUCUCCUUCCCACCGCCAGUUGCAAGCACACAAUAGGAUUCUUCAGGAUGGAGUAUGGGAGAGGGGUCCUGUAAAUAUGUCACAUUUACCAGCCCUUUCCUUUCCUGAAUGAACACAAUGAGUGAUCAGCAAUGAUCACUCACCGUGUUCAU